ACGUCAUUGCAGGGUUGUUUGUGCAGCCUCGGCGGCGGCGGUGACCCACAGUGAUUCGGCCGCCGCGCCGGGGGGUGGGGGGGCUGCGCGGGACUCUUUUCUUUCAGACUGACCGCGGGGCAGCUGGGGAGCAUGUCGACUCCGGCCCGGAGGAGGCUCAUGCGGGAUUUCAAGCGAUUGCAAGAGGACCCACCUGUGGGUGUCAGUGGCGCACCAUCUGAAAACAACAUUAUGCAGUGGAAUGCAGUUAUAUUUGGACCAGAAGGGACACCCUUUGAAGAUGGUACUUUUAAACUAGUAAUAGAAUUUUCUGAAGAGUAUCCAAAUAAACCACCAACUGUUAGGUUUUUAUCCAAAAUGUUUCAUCCAAAUGUGUAUGCUGAUGGUAGCAUAUGUUUAGAUAUCCUUCAGAAUCGAUGGAGUCCAACAUAUGAUGUAUCUUCUAUCUUAACAUCAAUUCAGUCUCUGCUGGAUGAACCGAAUCCAAACAGUCCAGCCAAUAGCCAGGCAGCACAGCUUUAUCAGGAAAACAAACGAGAAUAUGAGAAAAGAGUUUCGGCCAUUGUUGAACAAAGCUGGAAUGAUUCAUAAUAGACAACUGGUCUGUUAAUUUUUUUCAUCAUUGUUGUGUAUAAUUUACCUCUCAGUAGAAAGGCUAACAAAUUUUAAGUGCCACAGGUUUUAAGGAUUCUGCAGAAAAAAAAAAGUCCUUCAGUUUAGAACCUACAAAAGCUUGUGUAUCUUGAUUAAUGUACUUUUUAUUGCAUGGUGUGAACUAAGUUAUUGCUUACAUAAAUUUGUAAUAUAUCCUGUUUGUAUUUUUUUCCAAGUGUAUAAUGUUGGUGUGGAGUUUUCAUGACAGAAUAAUACACAUUUUGUAAAUCUGUACUUUUUUCAAAUAUUGAAUGCCUUAUUUUUGAAUUCUUUAGAUUUUUAAAUUGGAGAAAAGCACUUAAAGUUUUUUAUAUAUGAAUAUUACAUGUAAAGCUGUUAAAAUACAUAACUUCAGUGCAAGAGA